GUUCGGCCGGGAGGGUGUGAGGGUGGCUAUGGCGGCAACGUUCUUCGGGGAGGUGGUGAGGGCGCCGUGCCGAGCCGGGACGGAGGACGAGGAGGAGGAGGAAGAGGAGGGGAGGAGGGAGACGCCCGAAGACGGGGAGGUCCGGCAGCAACUGGCGCGGAAGAGGGAGGUGCGGCUCCUUCGAAGACAAACAAAAACAACUUUGGAAGUUUCUCUGCUAGAAAAAUAUCCUUGCUCCAAGUUUAUAAUUGCUAUAGGAAAUAAUGCAGUAGCAUUUUUGUCAUCAUUCAUCAUGAAUUCAGGAGUCUGGGAAGAAGUUGGUUGUGCUAAACUCUGGAAUGAAUGGUGUAGGACAGUGGACACUACACACCUGUCCCCCACAGAGGCUUUUUGUGUGUUUUAUCACCUAAAAUCGAAUCCCUCGGUUGUGCUCUGUCAAUGUAGUUGCUACGUUGCUGAAGAUCAGCAGUAUCAGUGGCUGGAAAAGUCUGCAGGUUGGAUGAGUGACCCUGGUCAGCUGGUCUUGGCUCCUGCAUCUGCGGUCAGUUGUCUGAUCAUGGAGUCUUAACCACUGGACUGCCGGGGAAGUCCCUUGUUUCUUUUUUUAAAAAAAAAUUUUUGGAAUAUAUUGAUAGUUGAUUUACAAUGUUGUGUUAGUUUCAGGUGUACAGCAAAGUGAUUCCUAUCUAUAUAUAUCUAUAUAUCUUCUUUUUUAGAUCCUGUCCAUUAUAGGUUAUUACAAGAUAUUGAGUAUAGUUCCCUGUUCUAUACAGUAGGUCCUUGUUGGUUAUCUAUUUUGUAUAUAGUAGCGUGUAUAUGUUUAUCCCAACCUCCUAAGUUAUCCCUUCCCUGAUACCAUAGCACUCUUGAAACAGGCCUAGGAAGAGCCUAGUUGACAAUACAAAUGAGUUGAGUAGAACAGCCUCGGGCCCUGGUGAGGAGUGGAUUCAGUCCUGCCAACCUGCCCUGCCCGGGGCUGGGGAGGCGAGGUCCCGGGGCCUCACGGCUGGAACCACCCAGCAGAGCGGAAGCCCUGCCGCCACCGGAGCCUGGGCUCCACCUUGCUGGGGGGAAACAGUCCAGAAGAACUAAGCUCCUAGCCUCGGCAGCUCCGGCUCAGGCACAGCUGGGGCAUUGGACGCCGGGUGGCGGCCUUUGGCCAGGGCAGCGUGACACGGGGUAAGGCUGCCCAGUGGUGGCCUCUCCAAGCUCUGCCGGAGGGUUCCCAUCGCAGGUGCCUGCGGGCCACGUGCUCGGAGCUCCGGGCCUGGCUCUCCUCAUGUUCCUGCCUGGUCUGAACACAGCAGUCUCUGUAGGAGCCCGUUUCCUGCUGCAACAGUUUGAAAACCACGGGCAGUUGGCUGGGCAGACAGAGCAAGGGUCCCAGUCUCAGGUCCCAGUGGAAAGGGAAUGAGAGGCCGUGUAGGCUGUGGCUCAGACACCGCCAGGCUGAGGAUGUCUGCAGGUGUUUAGUGAAGGGUAAGAUACACCGCCAAUCAGCGACCUGGCAGCAGAACUGGGCUCUCGACGGCAAAAGGGUAUUUGGAAGUCCGUCUGGUGGGCACGUCAGCUCCUGCGACGAGACCAUUGGGGCCCAGCCAGGAGCGGCCGAAGUGCCAGGGUGGCCGUCCCAGGGCUUGCCUACCCACCACCUCGAGUCUGAAUCCAGACAGCGUCACCCGCUAGGCCUGGCCGUAGACCUGAGGGCCAAUGCAGAGUGCCAGCCGGCCUGCCAAGACCAAGCCUGCCUUCAGGCCUGGCCGGCCAGGCUGGCUUCUGGGCUCGCGCAUGGGGAGGUGGGGUUUCUCUCUCUGCUCCCAGGCUGCCUCCAACGUUGACAGGCCCCAGGAGGAGCAGGUACCCCGGCGGCCGUGUCCUCGAGGUGCAGGCAAGGCCUCGGCCUCUGACCCCUGGGCUCCGAGGUCCCCGUGGUGGUCGGGCUCCAGUGAAUGCCCUGGGUGGUCCGGGUCAAGCCUGGGCCUUUGAUGUUUAUAACAAAACAACCGGCUUUUCGGGUUGCCAUGUGGCUGCCAGACGGCUGAGCACGGCCGGUGAUUACUCAGAAACCCCGCGCGCUCUCCAGCGGCUGGAGCGCUGGGUUUAAACACAUAUUAAUAACUCAGCCAUCUGUUCCGUCUCUUAAUAUUAAAAUGUGAGAUUGUUCAUAGAUUCACAUCUAUACAUUGUGAAACCGAUAUUAAACAUGACUGAUACCAAAAUAGCUCAAAGCAUAUUUAUUUCAAAGGAAGCAGGACAAUUUACAUCUGAAUCCUCACAUUUGCAGAGAACUUUAAAGGCAUCCCGAGAAAAGGAUAA